AUAUUAAGCAUAGAUAUGUUUUAAAGAACUCAGUCUAUCAAAUGAAACCAAGCACCAAAUUAAUGGAGUCUUCUAUCUUCUUCGUUGCUCUUUCAAUCUUAUUCUUAAGUAGCUUUACCCUCUCCUUGAAUUCUAUCAUCACUGAUAAAAGUGCACUCAUUUCUUUCAAAAACUCCAUCACUUCCGACCCUUAUGAUAUCUUGAGCACUAAUUGGUCCCAAAACACAUCAGUCUGUAAUUGGAUUGGUGUGUCGUGCGGCCUCAAACACCUCCGUAUCACGUCUCUCAAUCUCUCUGCCUUCGACCUUGCUGGAACUAUUUCUCCACAUCUUGGAAACCUUUCGUUUCUCAGAUAUUUAGACAUCAGUUCCAAUAUUUUAGCAGGGAUCAUACCAUUUGAGCUAUCUAAACUGCGUCGUUUGAAGGUGAUGAAUGUGGGAGCAAAUUCAAUCACCGGAGAGAUACCAACAUGGUUGGGCAGUUUACCUCAACUUGAGAAACUCUAUCUGUACAACAACACUUUCUUAGGAGGAGUUCCAACAGAAAUAGGAAAUCUUUCAAGACUAGAGAAAUUAAAUAUUGACAGUGCUACUCUCAUUGGAGAUAUUCCAUCUUCGAUUUUUAACAUGUCUUCCUUAAAAUACUUGAGCUUAACUGACAAUAGUUUAUCAGGAAAUAUCCCAACUUUCUACAAUCUACCGAACCUUCAAAUGUUAUAUCUUUAUAAUAACAAGUUAACAGGAAGUAUUCCAAAUCUCCACAAUCUACCGCACCUUGAAGUGUUGUAUCUGAACAAUAACAAGUUGACAGGCUGGGUUAAAAAUGAGAUGUGCAACAGUAUGCCAUACGUCAAAGUACUUGGUCUCGCAGAGAACUUUCUUGAAGGGAACAUACCACCCAACAUAUGGAAAUGCAGGCAUCUUGAGGUAUUGGGUUUAUAUAACAACAAUAUCAGUGGCAACAUUCCACGUGAAAUUGGGAGAUUAAGCAUGCUUAGAGAAUUGUACUUGGGAAAUAAUGGUUUUCGAGGAGGCCUACCAAGCGAUAUAGGAAACCUUUCAAAACUAGAGAUAUUAAGCAUUGACAAUGCUUCUCUAACGGGAGAUAUUCCGUCUUCAAUUUUCAACAUCUCUUCCUUGAAAAUAAUUAACUUAUCUCACAAUAGUUUAUCUGAAAACAAUCUUGAAGAGCAUAUUCCACCCAAUAUUUGGCAAUGUAGACAUCUUGAGACACUGAGCUUAUCCUACAAUAAUUUCAAUGGAAACAUCCCACGUCAAAUUGGGAGGUUGAGAGAACUUAGAAAGUUGUACUUGGGUCACAAUAAUGGUUUUCAAGGAGGAGUUCUAAUAGAAUUAGGAAAUCUUUCAAAACUGGAGAUAUUAAAUAUCGACAGGGCUUCUCUAACCGGAGAUAUUCCACCUUCGAUUUUCAACAUGUCUUCCUUGACAUACUUGAGCUUAUCUGACAAUAGUUUGUCGGGAAGUAUCUCAACUUUCCAAAAUCUACCCCAGCUUGUGGAGUUAUAUCUUGAGAAUAACAAGUUGACAGGUCAUAUUCCACUAUAUAUAUGGAAAUGCAAAUAUCUUGAGACCUUAAUCUUAUACAACAACAAUCUUAGUGGAACCAUCUCUCGUGCAAUUGGAAAUACGAGCAUGCUUAGAAGGUUGGACUUGUCGUACAAUCAUUUCACAGGUGAAUUACCGAAAGAGAUUGGCACUCUACCAAAACUUGAGACUUUCACUGUGAAAAAUAAUUCCUUAUAUGGAUCCAUCCCAUCUUCCAUAUUCAACAUAUCAACAAUGAAGGAGUUUGAAGCUUCAAAUAAUGAGUUUUCAGGCACUCUUCCUUCAGAUUUCGGGAAUUCACUAGUAAUUCUUGAACGACUCUAUUUGGAUAAUAAUAGACUCAGUGGCCCGAUUCCAAGCUCUAUCACCAAUGCUUCUAAACUUACUAUUGUUCAAAUGAAUAUGAACUCCUUUAGUGGCUCCAUACCUGACUUCGGUAAUUUGAAGCUUCUACGAUCAUUUCGUAUUUGGGAGAAUAAUUUGAGUGGAGCUAUAUUACCCACCCAAGAAUUGACAUUUCUCUCUUCGUUAACUAAUUGUCGACAUUUGAAGAGGUUGGAAAUAUCAGACAAUCCACUGAACGGCAUCUUACCCGCUUCAAUUGGGAAUUUUUCUUUCACUCUUGAGUAUAUUGACGCUUCAAACUGCAACAUCAUGGGUGUCAUUCCGUUCGAAGUAGGAAACUUAAGCUAUAUGCUAAAUUUAUAUUUGAAUGAUAAUCAGUUGAGUGGUGUCAUUCCACCAACAAUAGGAAAAAUGAAGCAACUCCAAAUGCUCUAUCUUUUUGACAAUCAAUUGGCGGGACCUAUCCCUAACGAUAUUUGCCGAUUGUAUCAUUUGGGGGAGUUGAGCCUUGAUGAGAAUAUGCUUGCGGGUCCAAUACCUGAAUGUUUGGGUGAUGUUAAAUCCUUGAGAUUGAUCUACUUAAAUUCCAACCAAUUGAAUUCAACCAUCCCUCCUAGCUUAUGGAUGCUCACAGACCUUGUGAUUCUAAACUUGUCUUCCAAUCAUUUGAGCGGUCAAUUGUCAUCUCAAGUUGGAAAUUUAAAGAUGAUCAACUCCUUGGAUUUGUCAUCCAAUCAAUUUUCAGAUGUAAUUCCCAACUCAACUGAUGGUUGCCAGUCACUAACAUUUCUUCACUUAUCAAAUAAUAUGUUUAGUGGCUCUAUUCCUCAAUCACUUGGAGAAGUUAAGGGUUUGAUUACAUUGGAUUUAUCUUACAAUAAUCUUUCUGGAUCAAUACCCAAGUCCUUAGAAGGCCUUCCUUUUCUUGAAAAUUUAAAUGUUUCCAACAAUAAGCUAGAGGGAAAAAUUCCAGAUGGGGGCAAUUUUCCGAAUUUCAGUGCUCUGUCUUUCUCCCACAACUUAGCUCUUUGUGGUCCUAUAAUAUUUCAAGUUGCACCUUGCUCAGAAAAUCAUCAUAGAUCAUGGUUAAAGAAACUCAUUGUGUCAUCAGUGGUUUUAGUUGUUGUUGUGUUCAUGGUAAUGCUUAUUCUCAUCAGAAAGCGUAAACAGAAAACAGUGGCACUCUCUGCUGAUAUUCCAUCAUUAACUACUGAAUGUAGGAGAAUUUCUUAUAUAGAACUCGAAAGAGGAACAAGUUCAUUUAGUGAAACAAACCUACUGGGAAGAGGUAGUUUUGGUUCUGUAUUCGAAGCAACACUUUUUGAUGGAUUGAAAGUUGCGGUUAAAGUCUUCAACUUGGAAUUGCAAGGAGCAACAAGGAGCUUUGAUGCCGAAACUGCUAUAUUGAGCAACAUUCGACACCGAAACUUGGUUCGAGUAAUUGGAUGUUGUUCUAAUAUGGAGUUUAAAGCAUUGAUCCUCACAUAUAUGCCAAAUGGGAGUUUGGAUAAAUGGUUACAUUCCGACAUGUUUGGUUUGGAUCUUAUACAGAGACUGAAAAUAGCAAUAGAUAUUGCAGCAGCUUUGGAAUAUCUUCAUCAUGGCCAUACAUUUCCAGUUGUUCAUUGUGAUAUAAAGCCAAGCAAUGUGUUGCUUGAUCAAGACAUGACUGCUCAUCUUACUGAUUUUGGUAUUGCCAAGCUUUUCAAUGGAGGAGAAACGUUCAUCCAAACACAAACAUUGGCAACCAUUGGUUACGCAGCACCAGAGUUUGGAAUGGAAGGCAGAGUAUCCACAAAUGGGGAUGUAUUCAGUUUUGGGAUAUUGCUGCUAGAGAUGUUCACCGGAAAGAGGCCAACAAACGACAUGUUUGGUGAAGAAAGGAGCAUGAAAGAGUGGGUAAGUGAAGCAUUAGAUGAAAAGGCAGCAACUGAACUGGUGGCGCCUGCUCUAUUAUCAAGGGAAGAUCAACAUUACUCUGCGAAGGUGCAAUGUUUAUUGUCAAUAUUUGAAUUGGCAAUGAAAUGUUUAGCUGAUUCAGCAGAUGAAAGAAUCAACAUGAUUGAAGCAGCAACUGCUCUGCACAGGAUCUAUGCUACUAUUGUGGCAGCUACAAGUACUCGUCGUCCACGAUUUGCUGUUUCUGUUCGCCAAUAAUCUCAGAUGUGUAGUUGCUCAAAUCAAUUUGUUUGUCACUGUUAUGUGAACACUAAUCCAUUAGAUUUUUAGUGCCAUUUGUAGUAGUUCAUGAUUUGAUGAAUGAUUCAGCUAUCUUACUUUUUAUUUUUCAGAAUAUAUUGAUGAAGAUGUAUAAUUUUUGGCCC